UUAUGGGUAAAGAUUACUACCAAGUUCUCGGAGUGAAUAAAGGAGCAAGUGCUGAGGAGAUCAAGAAAGCUUACAGAAAAUCAGCACUGAAAUUUCAUCCUGACAAAAAUAAAAAUCCUGGAGCAGAGGAUAAGUUUAAAGAAAUCGCUGAGGCAUUCGAAGUAUUAAGUGAUCCGGAUAAGAAGGAGACGUAUGACCGGUAUGGGGAGGAGGGAUUGAAGGGAGGUAUGGGAGGAGGACCUGGUCCUGGAGGCGCUAAAAACUUUCACAACUAUCAAUUUCACGGCGAUCCUUUUGCUACUUUCUCUUCUUUCUUCGGAGAUGAAGACCCUUUCAAAGACUUGUUUGGAGACAAUGGCGGAUUCGGUGGCUUCGGUCAACGAAUGGGUGGUGGAAUGCCUGGAGGAAUGGGAGGAUUUGGAGGGAUGGGUGGAAUGCCUAGUGGUAUGGGUGGAAUGCCCGGUGGUAUGGGUGGUGGUAUGCCAGGUGGGUCUGGUAUGUUUGGAAUGCCUGGAGGAUUUGGAGGAGGUUCUCCAAAGCAAGCAGCUAUUGAGAAGACUAUACCGUUAUCUCUUGAGGAACUGUACGAGGGAUGCUCUAAGAAGAUGAAGAUAACACGAACAAUCCAUCAGAAUAAUGGUACAUCAUCGCAGGAUGAGAACAUCUUGACUCUGAACAUUAAACCCGGAUGGAAAGCUGGAACUAAGUUAACAUUCCCUAAUGAGGGCGACGUGUAUCCAGGUAAGAAAGCUCAGGACGUUGUAUUCAUAAUUGCAGAAAAACCUCAUUCUUUCUUCAAACGAGAAGGUAACGAUCUCCACUACACAGCUCAGAUAUCCUUAGUGGAGGCGCUGUGUGGUAACAUGGAGCUAGUUGUUCCUGCCAUCACACAAGAGAAAGUGCCUAUACCACUAGGAAACAACACAAUCAAACCUGGCUCUAAACGCAAGAUAAAAGGGUACGGAAUGCCAAUCAGCAAGCAACUGGGACAAUACGGCGACAUGUUGGUCACAAUUAAUGUGGAUUUUCCUAUGUCACUGUCAGAUCAGCAGAAAUCUGAAGUGAGGAGGAUCUUCAGUUGAGUCACGUGAUCUUAUGUACAGUUUUGGGAGUGUUUAUAAGACUGUUUAUAAGCGGGAGUGUUUCCGGGAGAAUUUCCACUCUAAUAGAUUGUGGUAUGUAGCUACAAGUGAACUGUUACUUGUGAGGUUAUUACAAGUAAGACAUUCAGAACUGAGCUGCGAGUACUGAUUCUGGGCCAAAAUUAUUGUACAAUUUUAAUUAAAUAUGGCUUGUUUACUUCAUAGAUUUUUGGGUUCUUACUUCUAACUAAUUUCGAAAAGAUUGUUUUAAAAAUUUGUUUGUUAACAAUUAAAUGUUCUACAUUCAUGUAGUAAACCACUGUACCACGGAAAAGCUUAUAAAAUUGGGUCAUCUACUUCUGAAACGCCGCAUAGCAUGUUUGAAACGUUUAUUAUACUUCGCCACCGGUUACAAAAUACAAUCAUGAAUAAUUUUAUUGUUCAUUAUAGUAAUGGAAAUAGAUGACCUUCAGGAACAGCGAACUAGCUAUUAUCAAUUAUUGUCAGAUGAAGAUAUAUGAGACGUACAAGUUUAAGAUAUCAACGCAUGAAAGCAUGAUUUAGCGUAAAUAUUUUUAUACUUCGAAAGAAUUUACGUUUACAUUGAAUAUUUAUUGUAAAACUGUACUGUUCUACUGUUAAAUUGUGAUUUUA